UGUUGUUUAGAAAAUAGAGCUGAGAGUGAGAGUUUCAGUCGAACUUUCCUAAUUAAAUAUUAAAAAUAUUCAAUAUGUAAAAUAUUUCAAAAGAAUAAUCCAAAUAGAAGAUAUGAGCUAUAUAUAAGCCACCUAGUUUUGGUCUUUUGACCAUUUAAGUUUUAUCUCACAUAGUGCUUACAGCUUAUUAGAAACCAUGGGCGACGUCGUGAGUUUAUUUUCGGUAUUUAUCAUAAAGCUUAAAUCAAAAUUACGAAGUAGUCAAUUACUUUUCCAAUGUGAACUUCCAUGGGAGAAACUGAAGUCUGUAAAAUGGAUGAAUGAAAGAGCUACAUCGAACAAAGCCUAUGUUCCCACCACUGUGGAGCAUGUUGCGAACGUGUGCACGCACGCUCUUUGCGUCGCACCUGCGUCGCUGGGCGCGCGCGAGCUUCUGACGCGGUCUCUGAACGCGCCGCAAGCUAUCGCCGCUAUCGUGUAUGGCCUGGCACUGUGUCUGCUGUUCGCCGUAUCCACCACCUUCCAUUCGUUCUGCUGCUGUAGUAAUGACAACAAGAUGAAGCACUUCCUCCACCGCUGCGACCGCGCCAUGAUCUACAUCUUCAUCGCCAGCUCGUACUACCCCUGGCUCACGGUGGGCACCCUCUCGUGCUGGAUGCUGCAGGAGUUGCGCUGGGCCAUCUGGCUGCUAGCGAUUCUCGGCAUCGUCUACCAGCAGAUCUUCCACGAGCGGUACAAAAUGGUGGAGCUCCUGCUCUACCUCGUCAUGGGCUUGGGGCCGGCUAUCAUCAUUGUGACGUCCAAUCACCACAUUCCAGCGAUGCAGGAUCUGAAACUUGGAGGUAUGUUGUAUUUGAUCGGAGUGUUCUUCUUCAAGUCGGACGGCCGGAUUCCGUUCGCGCACGCAAUAUGGCACGUGUUCGUAGCACUGGCUGCCAGCGUGCACUACCUAGCCAUACUACGCAACCUGUUCCCCGAUCUCAAGGCACAGUGAACUACUGCCCUAUUCGGUAUCAAUUAGAGCUCUCUAUUUCUGUAUCGCGAUAACAAGAAGAUUCGCAGCAAAUGUCAAUUGGCCGGCUAGCGUGGGACGCAAUUGUGAUCCAUUUAGGCUUAUAUCCUUAGAAGUUAUUCAUUGAUUGAUUAGUUGUAGUGAAAAUUGAAGUAGGCCUACUUUGAAGCCAAUAACCUUCCGAAAUUGGCAAGUGCCUCCGCGUCGCGGUAUGCCUUAUUAUUUUACGUGUAUUAAUAGAUUGCUUAUAAUUAUGAUGAUUUGAGAGAUUGUAUUAGAAAGCUAUUGAAACAAGCUAUAAGACCAUGCAAAAUAAACUAUCUUAUAAACAAAAUGAGGCUCAGAACUUGGUCAGGGCGUGGUGUGCCGUACGGCACUUUCGAUUUUGGUGUAAGUAUAUGAAAGAUCUAGUGUCAGACACUUUCCGAUUUUCGGAAGGUUAAUGUUGCAAGAAGGCGUGUGUAGUGCAAAAAAUAUCUUAUACAAGCUUUUUUGUAGGGCCAACAAACUUGAAUUGCUUUUCACGCCAAUAAUCCAAUUGACAUUUUGCAUUUUACUAGAGUUUUACCUAUUUAUGUGUCCAGACAAAAUUAAAACGAUGUACAAAUUCAUUUUGAGUGAUGUGACGAAAACAGUUUUAUUUUAAUAUUAACUGAGAUACAAUGAUUGUAAUUGUUACGUGUGGAGAUUACAGGUUUCGAAAAAACCGGUCACCCAGAUUGUGCUCAUUUACGAAAUGAAUCAAUAAAAAUACACAGCCUCUUUGGACCGGUAAGGAUCAUUCCAGAAUGAUGUCGAAGAGUGUAUUAGUAGGGUAGUAACACGAAAAACAUGUUUUUGUAAACAACUCGCAUGAUCUAUGUUCCGUUACUUAUCGACUUCUCGCGAACAUUCGACGUAGCAAUAUUUAUAGUCCAUUUGCGCACUAAAGUACUACAGAUAGCCUUUUUACGAUUCGAUGACUCUGACAGUUCGUUGGAGGGUUAAGCCAAUUGAUCUAAUAUACGUAAUUACUAUGAGUGAUUCUAAUUCUGGAAAUCAGAAGUGUAGUAUAGUGAAACAGGCAAAGAAUUCGCCAUUGCUUUUAUCAUGUACGAAUAAUGUGUGUUUUCGUCGCACCACUUACAUUACAACGUUUGUAGAGAGUUUUUCUGAAAUCGUGCAAUAUUAUUUUAAGUAAUAAUCAAAUUUCGGAUUUAUUAGCCGGAAAGUGUUCUUCAAAUAGUUCUAGUUGUGGUAGAAAGUAUGGUCCAAGUUAACGUUUACUGUGUAUUAAUCUACAUAUUAAUUUAAAUAUUCGUUUAUUAUCCAAAAUUCUUUGAUAUUUUUACUCUAAUGCUAUUUUUCUAUUUAGCACCCUGGAUGAUAUCAGUCCCUUAGUAAAAGCUAUUCAAUAAAUCCAGGCAAUUAUACUUUUGGUGUUGCAAGAGAGCGUGGGCGGAU